AUGGCUACCCCCGAGCCUGAGCAGCUACAUGCUCCAGAUCCUCCGGCUGCCCCGGAGAAACACAUUGAACAAAUGAAUAUGGAAGAUCCAGAGACUGCCAUGGAUCAUGCGGUGGUGGGAAAACCGUGGAUGUAUAAGCCGAUGCUGAAAAUUGGCAAUUGGGAGGCUCCCUGGUUCGCAUCGCCCGAGACCCAACUGAUCCUCGUAUCUUUUGUCUGUUUCCUCUGCCCUGGCAUGUUCAAUGCUGUCAAUGGUCUGGGUGGUGGCGGUCAAGUCAAUGCGACCGAUGUGAACAAUUCCAACACCGCCCUCUACAGUACCUUUGCCGUCGUCGGCUUUUUUGCGGGCUCCAUCGCCAAUCGUAUCGGUCUCCGCCUCACCUUGUCCCUCGGUGGCUUCGGAUAUUUCCUUUAUGUCGCCGCCCUUCUCUCCUAUAAUAUCAACCAGAAUGCGGGCUUCCUCAUCUUUGCCGGUGCAUUACUCGGUGUCUGUGCCGGUCUGCUCUGGUGUGCCCAAGGUGCCGUGAUGAUGAGCUACCCCCACGAACACGAAAAGGGUAAAUAUAUCGCCAUCUUCUGGGUCAUUUUUAAUCUGGGUGGAGUCAUUGGCAGUUUAAUCCCCUUGGGUCAAAAUAUGCACAGCACAGCUGGUAAUGUCGACAACGGCACUUACAUUGCUUUCCUGGUCUUGAUGGCCCUGGGAUUUGCCCUUUGCUGGACCAUCGCCGACUCCAAAUACAUCAAGCGAAAGGAUGGUUCACGCAUCAUUGUUAUCAAGAACCCUACCUGGAAAUCCGAGUUUCUGGGUCUUUGGGAGACCUUACGUUCCGACUCGUAUAUCGUUCUGAUGUUCCCCAUGUUCUUGGCCAGUAAUUGGUUCUAUGGCUAUCACUUCAAUUCUGUCAACCUCGCCUACUUCACCGUUCGCACCCGUGCUCUCAACAGUCUCCUCUACUGGCUGAUGCAGAUGGUGGGUGCCUUCAUUUUCGGUCAGCUGCUCGAUAUGAAGUUCCUCUCCCGUCCCGCCCGCGCCAAGGUCAAUUUUGGAAUUCUUCUCGCCAUCACCAUGGGAAUCUGGGGUGGUGGCUAUACCUUCCAGAAACAAUAUACCCGCGCUACCGUCAAGGCCGAUAUGGAUUUCAUGGACAGCGGUUAUGUUGGGCCCAUGUUCUUGUACAUGUUCUAUGGCUUCUAUGAUGCCGCAUUCCAGACCUGCACUUAUUGGUACAUGGGCUCCCUUUCCAACAACAGCCGCAAGUUGGCAAACUUUGCUGGUUUCUAUAAAGGUAUUCAGUCUGCCGGUGCAGCUGGAAUGUGGAGAAUGGAUGCCCAAAAGACCCCCUUUAUGACAGAGUUCGCCUCUUGCUGGGGUCUUCUCGUUGGCAGCAUGCUUGUUGCCUCGCCUAUAAUCUUCUUCAAGGUGAAGGAUAGCACUGCCAUCGAGGAUGACUUGCGCUUUUCAGACGAAACCACUGCCGACGUUCUUGGAGACACCACCGUACAACAUGACGACUAUGAAAAGCCCGAGUCCCACGAGGAUACUUCCAACAAGACGUCCCACGAAGAUACUUCCAACAAGUCUUAA